AUGGCACAGAGCAUUGUCCAGUUACAAAAAUGUAAUCAUUAUAAUUGGUGUUCUGCUAGGGUAACAACUAGGUUUCUAGUAUGCCUGGAAUUGAGAGCCUUUUUCUGUUGCGAUGCCAUCUCGGAAACUGACGCUGUGGCUGCCCAAUCAUUUCGAUCCAAUGGCUCACAAGCUGGAGAAUGGGGUAGCGGUGCUGGAAAAGGUGGAGGAGCUGGUGGUUCUGUAAGAGAAGCUGGUGGCAGUUUUGGCAAAAUGGAAGCUGCACGAGAAGAAGAGUACUUUAGGAAAUUGCAAAAAGAUCAAAUUUCAAAAUUGAAAGGUCAUUUGCAUGAGGAAAUUAGCCAUCAUGAAGAUGAAAUUAAGAGACUACAAGAUGAAAUACAGCGUCACAAAGGAAAAAUUCACGAAUUGUCUGCAGAAGAAGGCAAAAUAGGAAAAUAGAUAUUAAAAUUUGCAUUUUCUUUUUUUAAUGUAAAAUGUAGCAAGCAAAUUGUUUAUAAAUCAAUUUCUUGAAAUAUUGCAUUUAUUUGCAGUUAUUUCUGUAUGAUUAGAACAAAUAUAUUGAAAAAAAUUC